UGACGUGUGUGAAGCAGAUGCAGGAGCCCAGCUUCCCCUGCCUCAGGUACUUCCUGGCCUGUGGGAACCAGUCGCAGCUCUUCCUGUCCCAGCUGCAGGGCUACAGCGCCGUCUUCUGGCAUGGAGACCAUGAGGACAGGAACUACAGUGUUGUGAACGUGGAGAAAGGUCAGCUGGAGGUCAAGAGGAUGUCAUGUCCCGGCAGCAGAAUCAGCUGCCAGAUGAAGAUCGGUAACACUCUGUGGAUCGCCACCGAGAGUCUGGCCCGAGUGUUUGCUGGGAUGUCUGAUGGUCUGCUGGCUGUUUACACCUUGGUGGACGACCUUCCUCUGGACGGAGAGACCUACCUAUGUUCACAUACUCUAAAUAAAACUGUGUUUGGUCUAAAGGACUCUGAUCCCAGGCAGAGACCUUGUCCAGUCAGGACCAUGUCUCUGGUCAGCAGUGGCUCUCAGUUAUGGUUCUCCAAUGGCCCUGGUCUCCUGAUUAUUGACUCUCUGAGUCUUCAGGCCGUUAGAAGACUGGAUUUGUACAAACCACCAUCCUCUAUAAUCAGCAUAGCCACCAGCUUCUGCCUGUGGGGAGAAGAGGCAGUCUGGACCCUGGAUGACCAUACCAACACCCUGCUGUUGUACCACGUUGCCUCCUACGAGCUCUGUGCCUCAUACUGCUGCAGGGAGAUCAGUCCUUUUCGGGACAUCUUUAACGUGAAGCGUCCUGCAGGUGUUGCUACGGUGACUGCUGAUGAGAGCAACACAUCUUACCCCAAUGGGAAUGUGGACUGGACAAGUAGAGAGGUUACCGUGUUCCACAGCAAGGAGGCAGGAACUCAGAUCAUCCAGCACCAGGACUCUGUGACGGACUACUGUUCCAUUGUGUCCAAGUCCUCUCUGGAACCUUCAGAGUUGGACUCUCUGAGCCCCACAGACUGCAGUUUGUCCAACAGUGGCAGCUGUGUGCUGCUCAACACAGAACCAGUGGAUUCAGGUGGGGACCAGGAUCAGCAGGGAUCCACCAACACCAAACCUGGAUCUGCAGAGACCAUGGAACCCUCAACAUCCCAGCUUCUGCAGGCCUUCACUUUGCUGCCGGUCAAUGGGUCYCUGUGGAUCCCCAGUUCUGGAGGAGGCGGCGCUCGUGGCCAGGGACACGGUUGUUUGUGGGUUUCAGGGGAAGAACUCAGACUGGACCCUGGUGGUCUGGAGGUCCUGGGGCUGCUGUGAGCUGGAGGUCUUCUACCAGUCCUACGAGAAGCUCAACUCUCUGGAGCUCAGCAUGAGGAAGAGAAGGUAGCAGUGAGGGAGCUUAGGGGGUCCUGACCUGACCCCCACUGAGAUCUGACCCCCCAMAGGAAACAGAACAUCUGGACCAACAACAAACUGAUGCUUUCACUUUAUUUUAUUUGGACUUGAAGACUUCUUUUACCUCUUUUAUUAUGAAACUUUCUGAACUCACAGGCAGAUCACUCCCUCCACUCCCUCCUGAGGGUCUGCCUGCCUGCAGGUGGAUCUGGAGUCUGAUCCAGGUGAAAACUCUUUUCUCUUGAUAAAAACAAACAGCUCUGUAAAACCUGAUUUUAACAGAACCUUCUGGUCCUGACAGACCCACCAGAGUCCACCUGAACCCACCAGAGUCCACCUGGACCCACCAGAGUCCACCUGGACCCACCAGAGUCCACCUGGACACGUGUGGGUUCUGGAGAAAAAAACUGUUUUGAACUUUGUUUGAUAUUUUAUAUUAAAGCAUUGUGUCAUGUGAAGAAAUAAAAAUAUUCUGGUUCUGAUUCUUUGGACUCC